AUGGUGCGCGUAUCUGCGCAGUAUGGCUGUGAAUGUACUGAGGCAUUCCUUCGACCAUGCUCAGCUAUCUGGGCACUGCUCCAGGAAGGUUACUCCCUGGAGCGGACUGGCGAGCUUCAGGCCUCUUGGCGGGAUGAUUGCCCUCUGCACAAAGCCUUCUUCAUACACAAGGCCCUCGUCGAAGCGCGCAGAGAAAAGGUGAAGCCAGAAGAAGAGCAGUCUUGGGCCUGGCUUCGUCACAUCAUCUGCAGCCGCUCGUACUUCGUUCAGCAGGGUCACCACGAGUCCUGGCUCGUCCUGCUCCGUCUGUGGUGUAUGAUCAUCACUGAGGACCUCUCACGUGUAUCGUAUAUGGCAUCAUCCCAGAUGACUCAAGCUGUCCAAACAGCAACCGACAUGGAAGGUCAAGUCAUGAGAGAGGCAUACCAUCACUUAUUCCGCUGGCUGAUUGACUGCGGGGGACAAAAUGCAGGAGGGCCUUCACACGACGAGAACCUGACGACCACAGUCAUGUACCAGCACUUGGAACACAGUCCUUCCAUCUUCAGCCGCUUCUAUCCUCGUCCGAACGAUCGCCGACCGCUGCAGACCUCAGCGUUCGACUAUGCUACGAUGCCAUGGGAGGUUCGACCGCUAUUAGGGCUGGCUCUUGAUCCAGUAGUGGCGCCUUUCGCUAGCGAACCUCCUGCAUCUCAGUCGUGGGCGUAGAAUAGCCACGAUGCCGCGCUGGCAUGUAGUGUAAAUCAUUGUUUCCUCGUAUGGCUGUUUCUCGAAUGAC